ACCCUGGACGAUAAGCCAAUCAGAGUCGAGGCAAGGUCUGGAUCUCUGAUUUCUAGUGGGGCUGAUUCGGGGAAGAAGUCGGUUUUUAAUUUCUUGUGGCAGUGCAAGCGCUGUGGACAGCAGGUAAAAGGUAAUUUUAACAGGACUUCGUUGACCAGAAAAGCAGCGCCACGCAUUUAUUUCGACUGUGACGUCUCGUCGAAGUUUGGACCAGCAGAAAUAGUAUGUUGUAACACAUACCAGUAAAGUAAGUGGAUGUGAGAGGCUGCAGGGAGAUUUGCAGUGGAGGAGGUAGAGAAGCUGAAAACACUUGAGUUCAAUACAAGUGAUACAUCCUUUCUGGAGAAUGUCUACGAGUACCGGACUCAAGAGAUCUGACAGUGAAGAUAAAUGUGUGCAGGGAGAACACAGAACCAGUCCUCCACGCACUUCCUAUGGCAAAAAACAACUUCCUUCCAUACCGAAAAAUGCAGUUCCGAUAACCAAGCCUAUAUCCCUGGCUGCUUCAGCACAAUCUACCAAUGGGACACAUGCCUCGUACGGGCCAUUUUAUUUGGAGUACUCGCUGCUUGCGGAGUUCACCUUGAUGAUAAAGCAGAAACUGCCUGGAAUCUACGUGCAGCCGUCCUACCGAUCAGCUUUAAUGUGGUUCGGGGUUAUUUUUAUCCGACAUGGACUGUACCAGGAUGGCGUUUUCAAGUUCUCUGUUUACAUCCCUGAUAACUACCCAGAUGGUAAUUGUCCUCGAGUGGUAUUUGAUAUCCCAGUCUUCCACCCUUUAGUGGAUCCAGUAUCGGGGGAGCUGGAUGUGAAGAGAGCAUUUACAAAGUGGAGACGGAAUCACAAUCACAUUUGGCAGGUGCUGAUGUACGCACGCACAGUAUUCUAUAAGAUACAGACGGUGGAUCCCCUAAACCCAGAAGCUGCAGUGCUGUAUGAAAAUGAUGUGCAGCUCUUUAAAAGCAAGGUAGUGGAUAGUGUGAAGCUAUGCAACAGCCAUCUUUUUGACCAGCCUAAAAUGGAUGAUCCCUAUGCAAUCAGCUUUUCUCCGUGGAAUCCUGCUGUACAUGAAGAGGCAAGAGAAAGGAUGUUUACGUUUAAAAGAAGGCCUGAUGAGCACCCCAAAGGCAUGCAGGUGUCGGGCUUAUCGUGGGUGAAGCCUGGAUCAACUCAGCCCUUCAGUAAGGAUGACCACAUUCUGCAGGCUUGAGCUCUUCCAAACAGCUUGCUGUCCGCCACUUUCUACUAAUGGGAAGGAGGGGCGGGGGGGACCAGGAAAUCCGUGAACUCUAAUGAAUUGAUACAAUUUCUUGUAAAAUAAUAAACAUGUAUAUAUUGUCAGAUUCUUCUUUUAAUUGAGUUAUGCAAACAUUAAUUGCAUGGAACAUCCUAAUGUUUUGUUUCCAAGUGAACCGGCAUUAAAUGGCUUGGGAUGAUCUGGAUCCAAGUAGUAGAUAUGAAAUGGACUUCGAACCAAGUGAAUGGGUUUCAGACUGCACAGGUUCAAGUGGAACCAAGGCAUAAUGUGCUAGGUGUUGCAAUACAGUUAUUACAGAUGGUGACAAUAAUGGUGACUAUUUAAUUAAAUUCAGAAAGUCCGUUUUGUUAAAUCCUGUCGUAAAGGUGUAUCAAUCUUAAGUCAAUGUUUUGUGUGUAUAUGUGUGUGUGUGUGUGUGUAUUUAUAUAUAUAUAUAUAUAUAUAUAUAUAUAUAUAUAUAUAUAUAUAUGCAGAAGGUAAAUAGAGUUUAAAUAUGAAGCUUGAUGUUAAAUUGUUAUAAUUUAAACAUUUCACACAGAAGUGUUUUUGCAGCCGUUUUACGGUUUUCUUGAAUGCAGUUGUUUUGGGUUUCUUGUGUGUAAAUAUGUUAGCCGGCUUAUUGUAAAUAACUUGUUUAAUAAUUCUGUAUUUAGCACUUUAGGGUGAUUUACUGUGUUGGGAACUGUAUUCUUGACACAGUGGUGGUAUGUAAUUUAUAUGAAGUUGGAUUUGUUAUUAAAGCACGUAAGGAAAGCAAGGAAACUA